UUGAUUUGACUGGUUUUGUAGUAAGAGCUAUAAGCAUCAGAAAUAUUACUUAUAAAUAUAUUGCAAAGACAAAACGCGAGGUAGCAGUGAGUCAAAUUCACUAUGGUUUGUUUGCGUUACUCCAAGAAAUUCACAAUUUUUCUCACGUUAUAACUUUUGAACCAAGCGACAAAAAUGCUGACUUCGGUAAUAAACACCAUGUUUUAAAAUAUCUCCAGAACAAGAAAUCUGACAUUUACAUUACUGGAGAGUUGCAAACAUCUGCCAAAGUGGACAAAACCGACUUCUUGAUGCCUUUCUACAAAUUCAGGACUUGUUUCUUUUACCGCCUUCCAAAAAAAUCAACCGUUUCGUUUAUAAAACCCUUUUCACGUCACACUUGGUAUGCGAUAAUACUUUCCACACUGAUAUUCACAACAUUUCUUAAAAUUGCUUUGGUGAUGAGUGACGCUGAUGAAACCACUUGGAUAAUCUCUUUCUUAACUGUUUUCUCAACUUUAUGUCAAGAUGGUGACGACCCGUCCCCCUCUGAGCGUGAUACAGGGUGCAAAUUAGUAUUUCUAAGCAUCUUAGUACUGUCUCUUUUGUUAUUUAACUAUUACACAUCGAUCACGGUCUCGCUGUUACUGAGUGUUGAAGCAGAAACAGAGCACACUAUAGAACACCUCGCACAUUCCAAUUUAGAAAUCGGCGUAGAAAAUGAAUUUUAUGUGAAAAAUUGGUUGAACAGUGUUAACUUCACAGAUAUUCAACAAUUGUAUAAAACGAAAUUAUCGAAAUUGGAUGGAAAAAUAUUAAAUACUUAUUCUGCACCUGAAGGACUUGUCAAAGUUGGUUUUGGAGGUUUUGCCUAUUAUACCGAUACAACAACAGCCUAUGGUACAAUUGGUGGAUUUUCGCAAGACCAGAUUUGUAACAUGGCCCAAUCUGACAUGAUUCCUCCCAGUUUUGUUGGUCUUGUUAUGCAAAAAAAGUCAGAGUACUUUGAAUUAUUUCAAAUUAGUUUGUUGAAAUUACGACAGGUAGGGCUGGUUCAUAGGAUUCAAAUGAAGUGGGAAGUGGCCAAGCCUGAAUGUUACGGAAAUACGGAAGUACUUCCGGUGGGAAUGGAGCAAGGAAUGGAAGCAUUAGCUUGUCUUUUAACUGGGGUGUUGUUGGGUUUGGUGAUUUUGAUCUGUGAGAUAUUUUUAAAGAAAAGACGUUGAUAAUUGUUGAUUUACUUUAUUUUUUUAUCUAUAAUUAUAAAUGUUAACAGUAAACCAAUAAAAUAAAAAGAUAUCUUUCAAGGGA